AUGUUGACUGCAUGGAAAAGGAUUUCUAAGGUGCCGCGCUUACCCGGACUUGCCCGGGGUGCGGCCACCUCAAGCUACAACGCCCCAAGGAUGUUGAGAAAGUAUCCAUUGAAGAAGAAGAUAGCUGGCUACAGCGUGGAGAGGGUAUUGCCAGUUCCGGAGUUGUCUCUAACCGCUGUUGAUCUUGUUCAUGAUAGAACAGGAGCACGCCAUCUUCAUAUUGACCGAAAUGAUAAGAACAACGUUUUCAGUAUUAUUUUCAAGACCAAUCCUCCAGACCAUACGGGAGUGCCGCACAUACUGGAACACACGACGUUAUGUGGGUCUGAUAAGUUUCCAGUGCGUGAUCCUUUCUUCAAAAUGUUGAACAGAAGCUUGUCGAAUUUCAUGAAUGCUAUGACCGCCCAUGAUUAUACGUACUAUCCAUUUGCCACCACGAACUCUACGGACUUCUACAACUUGAUGGACGUUUAUUUGGACGCCACGCUGAACCCAACUUUGGCCGAAGAAGAUUUCUUUCAAGAGGGAUGGAGACUGGAGAAUGAGGAUAUAAAGGACAAGGACUCGCCUUUGAUCUUCAAGGGUGUGGUAUACAACGAGAUGAAGGGUCAGAUGUCAGACCCGUUCUACUACUUCUGGAUCAGAUUCCAAGAGUCGAUUUACCCUUCAUUACAAAACUCAGGAGGUGACCCAGCUCACAUCACGUCUUUGCAAUAUCCUGACCUGGUUGAUUUCCACUCAACGAAUUACCAUCCUUCUAACUCCAGGACUUUCACGUAUGGUGACAUGCCUUUGUCCAGGCAUCUCGAAACGAUCAAUGAAAGAUUCGUGCACUUUGGCAAAAGACACAAGCGGAGCCUGAUAAGACAACCUAUUACACUCGAUUCUGGAAACAAGGUUGUUGAACUGGAAGGUCCUGUGGAUCCAAUGAUUCCUAUAGAGACUCAAUGGAAGACGUCGUUGACGUGGUUUGCUGGUUCUCCCAAAGAUGUGUACGAGACUUUCAAACUGAGGGUGCUCAACAACUUACUUUCAGAUGGUCACUCUGCUCCGUUAUACGUCAAACUGGUGGAAUCCAAUCUAGUCACUGAUUUCUCUGUGAACAGCGGUAUGGAGUCCAUGCCUGCUGUGAAUAUCUUUACUAUUGGGGCGCAAGGAAUGACAAAAGAGGUUUCUGGCAAUUUCGAAGAGAUUGUGACGAAUAUUUUGAAAGAGGCUUGCGAUGAAGGAUUCCCCAAGGAUAAAGUCCAAGCCAUCAUCAAUCAGAUCGAGCUGGGACGCAAGGUGGAGAGUUCCUCAUUUGGUUUGGGAUUACUCAACUCAGUGAUUUCCGGGUGGGUCGAUGAGGUUGAUCCACUAGAGAUGAUGGAGUGGAAGGAGACAAUGUCCAAAUUCAUUGCAGAGUACGAUUCUAGGGGAGACAAGAUAUUCACGGAACUGAUUGAACGUCAUUUUUUAAAUGGUAACCACUUCAAGUUCACGAUGACCCCAAACCCUGAUUUUGAGGCUAAAAUAGCCCAAGAAGAACAAAAGCGUCUUACCAGCAUGGUGGAAAAAUUAACGCCAGAAGAUAAACAAAUAAUCUUCACAAGAGGAAGCACUCUCGCUUCGAAGCAGGAAGAAGAACAAGAUUUGUCAUGUUUGCCAAGUUUGAGCAUUUCUGACAUUUCAAGAGAUGGGAAUGCUGUGGACUUGAAAGAGUCUGCCUUGGGAACUGAUUCUAGACUUUUCGCUAGAGUUUCAAGCAAGUCUAAUGGCUUGACCUACUUCAGGGCCACGAAGACCAUAGAUUCUGAGAUUCCAAUUUCGUUGCUUUCAUACUUGCCCCUGUUCACAGAUUGUUUGACUAGUUUGGGAACCACGACCGAGUCCAUGGCCGCAUUAGAGGAUCAAAUCAAACUGCACACAGGAGGACUACAAGCUUCUGUGUUUGUAUCAAACACCCCUGAUAACAUCGUCGAUCCAGUGCUGAAACUGGCAAUUUCUGGUGUUUCCCUUGACAACAAAUUCGAAAAAGUUAUUGGCCUUUGGGAGAGAUUGCUAAAGGAGACAAAUUUUGAUAACACUGACAAGUUGUCUACCUUGAUAAAAUCCUUGAGUGCCGAUAAUGUGAGCUCGAUUGUGAGUAAUGGCCACGGGUAUGCAAAGUCGUAUGGUACUUCAUUCAUCUCUCCAGUAGCAUUGAUUGAUGAUCAUCUCAGCGGCAUUCGCCAGGUCCAAUUUUUGAAACAAUUAGGAGAGUGGAACUCCAAAGGAGAGUUACAGACCAAGGUGAUUCCACAGUUGAAAAAGAUCCAAGAGAUAUUGAUGAGCGGAACCCAGAACUACAGGUUCGCGCUUACCUGUAAUCGUGAGUCUUUAGAUUCGCAAGUUGCACAACUUGAGAAAUUUGUCGGUGGAUUAUCCCAGAAUGGAUAUGCUUCUUUGGGAAGUGAGAGUCUCGUAAGGGACAUUAAGUUACCUUUUGUUACUGAUGGAGUUUAUAGGGCCGGAGUCAAGUUACCGAGUCAGGUCUCCUUUGCAUCCAAGUCUCUAAGCACUGGCUUAUCCUAUACAGAUAAUGGUGGUGCAGCUUUACAGGUGAUGACGCAGCUCUUGAAUUUCAAGAGACUGCACACAGAAGUCAGGGAGAAGGGGGGCGCAUAUGGUGGCGGAAGUCAAUUCAGCGCGCUCAACGGAAUAUUCAGUUUCUACUCAUACCGAGACCCCAAACCUUUGAAUUCACUUUCAGUGUUCGCCAAAUCGGGCGAGUGGAUGAUAGAUUCGAUCGAAAGUGUUACCGAAGAGGAUUUGGACCGUUCCAAACUAACUAUAUUCCAGAAAGUGGAUUCCCCCUUGAGUGUCAAAGAAGAGGGUAUGAUGGAGUUCUUACAUGGGAUUGAUAAUGACACGAGACAGCAAAGAAGGGAUCAACUCCUGGAAGUUGAAAUCGAGGAUAUAAGAGAAUCUGCUCAAACGUAUCUAGUCGGUCAAGAGGGAGGAAGCGAGAUAAUUCUUGGAGACACUGGAGAGUUGCCCUCUGACUUUGAGACCCUGGAUCUGUCGCAGUAA